ACCAUCACCCCCACCCCUCUCAACCCCCAUCUCACCUCCCAUCUCAACCCCAAUCCCCUCCUCCCUCCUCCCCUGUGGUCACCAUGACGACCACUCCCACUGCUCGUGAGCAUCUCCUGGUGGUGAGGAGGCGCAACCCCCAUAUGCGCUACACUCUCAGCCCUGAAAACCUGCGCUCCCUCUCAGCCCAGGGCGGUGAUGGCAUUGGCCCUAGGGGUCACGGCGGGGAAAGGUCAGCUGGUGAACGGUCAGGGGUCGGAGGUCAUGGAGAGGGUCAUGGCGGCGGACUACAAAGGGCCAAUAGCGACACGGACCUGGUGACCUCAGAGAGCAGGUCAUCGCUGACUGCGUCGACAUACGAGUUCACGAUGGGGCGGGGCCAAAACCUGGUCAUCAACUGGGACAUCAAGGAGGAAGUGGACGCCACGGACUGGAUCGGACUCUACCAUAUCGACGAGACGUGUCCUGCCAACGUGUGGGACUCUAAGAACCGCGGGGUGAACGGCACCCAGAGAGGACAGAUCGUCUGGAGGCUGGAGCCUGGACCUUACUUCAUGGAGCCUGAGACUAAGAUCUGCUUUAAGUACUAUCAUGGAGUGAGUGGUGGCCUGAGAGCAACAACCCCCUGCAUCACCGUCAACAACCCAGGACUUCCUGUUAGAGUCGAGGGUCAAGCUGAGGGCCAAUCAGUGACAGAGAACUGUCGGAAACUCGUCAGCUUCACUUUAUCAGAUAUCCGUGCGUUGGGCCUGAAGAAGGGGAUGUUCUUUAACCCCGACCCCUACCUGAAGAUGUCCAUCCACCCUGGGAAGAGGAGUGGCUUCCCCACCUUCACACACCACGGACAGGAGCGCCGAUCUGCCAUCAUAUCUAACACCACCAACCCUGUCUGGCCCGGAGAGAAGUACACGUUUGUGGCUCUGAUGACGGAUGUCUUGGAGAUCGAGGUGAAGGAUAAGUUUUCUAAAAGCCGACCAAUCAUCAAGCGCUUCCUGGGUCAACUGACCAUCCCAGUGCAGAGGCUGCUAGAGAGACCUACUAAUGCAGAGGACCAGCCGCUAAGCUAUACCCUGUGUCGUCGUCUGCCCACGGACCAUGUGAGCGGCCAGCUGCAGUUUAGAGUGGACAUGACCUCUGGACAUGACGAGGGCUCUCCUGAUGCCAUGGGUUCCAUCUUGGGUUUGUCAGUGAACGGGGACCCUGGGAGCCCCUCUGACGAUGAAGACCCCCACCCUUCCUCCAGGGCCCGGGGCCCCUCUCCCACAGGUUCCUACUCCUCCCUGCUCAACGGAGAGGUCCACAGGGAUGGAGACGAUGUCUGGAGUGACUCCCGGGGGGCGGUAGGCGAGCUAGGCGUCCUGGGAUUGGCAAUCCCAGGCGGCCACUCCCAUCGACAGGUGUCCCUCAACGACUACUUGGAUGCCAUCGAAGCUCCUAAGGGCCCGGGAGAGCGGCCCCUGGGCGCAACGUCACCCAAGCUGAGGUCCAGUUUCCCGACGAACACACGACUCAGCGCCAUGCUGCAUAUAGACUCUGAUGAAGACGAGGAGGCGGGGCCGUCCAGGGACCAUCCACCACAUGACAGGAAGCCCUUGCUGCCACUGGCCAAUGGUGUUCAGGCUGGGGUUGGGAAGGGAGCUGCCUCUUCAGAACAGGGCCUGGGGAAACAAGAGAAAGAGGGGACAGAGGCAAACAGGGGAGAGAUUGAGGGAGCACAGGGGACAAAAGCUGGGACAGGGGAUGGAGCCAUGGCUGUGGUUGGAUCUCUAACUAUAGCCAGACCUGGGGUUGGAGCUGAGGUCAGACCUGUAUCUGUGGUUGGUCCUGGGGCUGGAGCUGGGCCUCCUCUAUCUCCAAUACCUGAGACGAAUACUGCAGUGCAGGGGGUGUCAGAGGACGCUGUGGCAGCCAGGCCUGAGGCCAGCCAGCAGCCAACGAUCUCAGGGGCCACAGCAGCCCAGGAGCCCCUCAGGAUCUCACUGCCUGCUGUUCUGAAGACAUCCACUACUCAGAAGGGACGGAAGGAAGAGGUAAUGGCGCCCAAGGCUGAGGAGGAAGGGGCGGAGUCACCCAGUGAAGGAGCAAGUGCCAUUGCAGCCCCCCCGACGACCAGUAGUGUUGCCGACCAGGGGGGCGGGGCCUCUGGCUCUGAUGUCACAGGAGGAAGGACCGCCAGCGCAGCAGCCAAUGAGGAAGAAGAGGGUGGGGAGAUCUGGCAGAGGAGGUCCAUGCAGGCGUCUGGAGGCGUGUCUCAGGAGGAGGGGGCGCGGUCUUCUGAGGCGAGCGGGCCAAUCGACUCUUCACAGAGUGUCUCUGAGGAGGGCAGCGAGGCAGGAGGGGCCACAGGUCAAGUCAACGGCCACCAGUCCGUCCGCUCCCUGCCCUCUGUCCGUCACGACAUGGGUCGCUACCAGAGAGUAGAUGAGCCACUUCCUCCCAACUGGGAGGCCCGUAUAGACAGUCACAGUCGUGUGUUCUAUGUGGACCAUGUGAACCGCACCACCACCUGGCAGAGACCCACCGCGCCUCCAGCACCACAGCUCCUCCAGAGGUCCAACAGCAUACAGCAGAUGGAGCAGCUCAACCGCAGGUAUCAGAGUAUACGCAGGACGAUGACCAAUGAGAGAACAGCAGAGGAGCUGACAGCUCCGCCCGAGGUGCCCACCGACGACACUGACCACCACACUAUCCCAGAGUAUCGUCGUGAUGGUGUGGUGACUCCAGAUAGCUCUCGGUCUCGUCUCAGUCUGCUCCUCCAGUCUCCCAGCGCUAAGUUCCUGACCAGCCCUGACUUCUUCACCUUGCUGCAUUCCAACCCUAGUGCCUACCGCAUGUUUACAGGUAACACCUGCCUGAAACACAUGAUCAGUAAGGUGCGUCGGGACACGCAUCACUAUGAGCGCUACCAGCACAACAGAGACCUGGUGGUUUUCCUCAACAUGUUCUCCAACAAACAGCUGGAGCUGCCCCGUGGCUGGGAGCUGAAGCACGACCACACUGGCAAGCCUUUCUUUGUGGACCACAACUGCCGGGCCACUACGUUCAUCGACCCUCGGCUCCCUCUUCAGAGCAGCACACGUCCCAGCAGCCUCCUGGCCCACCGCCAGCACUUGACCAGACAACGCAGCCACAGCGCUGGCGAGGUCAGCCCACAACACAUGGUGGGUGACCACCCUCGUCAUUCUGGAGGAGGACCCCCUGUAAUGCCCCGCCCAUCCAGCACCUUCACCCCGGUCAGCCGCACCCAGUACCAAGACGUAGUGCCAGUGGCUUACAACGACAAGAUUGUGGCGUUUCUACGACAACCCAAUAUCUUUGAGAUCCUGCAGGAGAGACAGACAGAGUUUAUCAGGAACCACUGGCUCAGGGAGAAGGUGCAGUUGAUCCGUAAUGAAGGGGCCUCUGGUCUGGCCAGGCUGUCUGGUGAUGCAGACCUGGUCAUCCUCCUCAGCCUGUUUGAGGAGGAAGUGAUGUCAUAUGUUCCGCCUCACGCCUUACUGCACCCCAGCUACUGCCAGUCCCCACGAAGCUCCCCCGUGUCCUCCCCACAGAACUCACCUGGAACACAGCGAGCUAAUGCCCGUGCCCCUGCCCCCUACAAGCGAGACUUUGAAGCCAAACUGCGAAACUUCUACCGCAAACUGGAGACCAAGGGCUACGGCCAGGGUCCAGGGAAGUUAAAGUUGAUCAUCCGUAGAGAUCAUCUCCUGGAGGAUGCCUUCAACCAGGUCAUGUGUUACUCUCGGAAAGACCUGCAGAGGAGCAAGCUCUAUGUCAGCUUCCUGGGAGAGGAGGGGUUGGACUAUAGCGGCCCGUCCAGAGAGUUUUUCUUCCUGGUGUCCAGAGAGCUGUUCAACCCGUACUACGGCCUGUUUGAGUACUCCGCCAACGACACCUACACCGUUCAGAUCAGCCCCAUGUCUGCCUUCGUAGACAACCAUCACGAGUGGUUCCGUUUCAGCGGGCGUAUCCUGGGCCUGGCUCUCAUCCACCAAUACCUACUGGAUGCCUUCUUCACUCGACCCUUCUAUAAGGGCCUGCUGCGCAUCCCAUGUGAGCUGAGUGAUCUGGAGUAUCUGGAUGAGGAGUUCCAUCAGAGUCUCCAGUGGAUGAAGGACAACGACAUCGAGGACAUGUUGGACCUCACCUUCACUGUCAAUGAGGAGGUGUUCGGACAGAUCACAGAGAGAGAGCUGAAGCCGGGCGGGGCCAACAUCCCGGUGUCAGAGAAGAAUAAGAAGGAGUACAUUGAGCGCAUGGUGAAGUGGCGUAUUGAGAGAGGAGUGGUUCAGCAGACAGAGAGUCUGGUCCGGGGCUUCUAUGAGGUGGUGGAUUCCAGGCUGGUGUCAGUGUUCGAUGCCAGGGAGCUGGAGCUGGUGAUAGCUGGCACCGCUGAGAUAGAUCUGGUGGACUGGAGGAGCAACACAGAUUACAGAGGAGGUUACCAUGACAACCACAUAGUGAUCCGUUGGUUCUGGGCGGCGGUGGAGAGGUUCAACAACGAGCAGAGACUCAGGCUGCUACAGUUUGUGACGGGUACCUCCAGUAUUCCCUACGAGGGUUUUGCCUCUCUCCGAGGCAGCAACGGACCCCGCAGGUUCUGUGUGGAGAAAUGGGGCAAAGUUACCUCUCUACCCAGGGCUCACACCUGUUUCAACCGGCUGGACCUCCCUCCAUAUCCAUCCUUCUCCAUGCUGCACGAGAAGAUGCUCACUGCCGUGGAAGAGACCAGCACCUUCGGCCUGGAGUGAUGACCCCUAUCACCUUUAUCCUUUAACCCCCACUCCUCCUACGACCUUUGACCCUGACCUCUGAACUGUAGUAUCACAGAGGUAGAGGAACCCAAGUGGUUCAAGGGGAUGACUGUCUCGUCCGUCUGGCACCUUGUUGUAUCUUUAUACGCACUCACCUUCCUGAAGUGAGCUGAACAGAGGAGAAUAGACCGAUGUGUAUCAGAGGUCAUGACCCCUGCACAACGCCAGGGUUUCCUGUGACGGUUAAGGUCACUUAGACACACUGCCAACACAAACCAAAGGAGAGCACCCUAUCACUCACACCCUUGUUGCUCCAAUAAACCACUGGGAGAGAUGGACUCGUAAGCCUCCAACCAAUCGCACAAUCAAGGAACAAAAACCAAGACCCGGAGUGAGACUCCAACUGGCUCAUCACUUUUUAUUAUUUAAAAUACGGAUUUCCAGUCGAGUCACGUCAGGAAGGUGGUGGCCGAGCUUUUCCUGGAGAGCAAAACCAAAGCUGCUUUAUCUCUCUGAGAGGCUGAGGCCGACAUCACAUGACAUCUCUCCUCUGAGAGGCUGAGGCCGACAUCACAGGACAUCUCUCCUCUGAUAGGCUGAGGCCGACAUCACAGGACAUCUCUCCUCUGAUAGGCUGAGGCCGACAUCACAGGACAUCUCUCCUCUGAUAGGCUGAGGCCGACAUCACAGGACAUCUCUCCUCUGAUAGGCUGAGGCCGACAUCACAGGACAUCUCUCCUCUGAUAGGCUGAGGCCAACAUCACAUGACAUCUCUCCUCUGAUAGGCUGAGGCCGACAUCACAGGACAUCUCUCCUCUGAGAGGCUGAGGCCGACAUCACAGG